AUGCAACGAUUGGUAUCUGCUGUUUCUCAAAAGAUGACACCACGCCUUGCAUCUCCCACAACAUCCACUAAUUUUCGAGCCGUGGGAAUUCGGAACAAAGUAUUUUCCAACAACCGUCGCGUCUUGUCGUCGUCUCUUGGAGACCGAACUCUAACACCAUGGGAUGUGGCUAAAUGGGAUUGCCAUGGUGAUUAUCGCCAGGAAGCCUCGUGGGAAGACCCUUCCAAACCACUCUACCAGCAUCAAAACAGUUUGCCUCGUCUUCCCAUUCCCAAGGUAGAAGAAACAUUGGAACGAUUCUUGCCCACGGCCUUGCCAUUGGCGGAAACUCCCCAAGAAGCCGAAUCGCUUCAGAAAUGCGUCCAAAAUUUUGCCCAGGAAUCCACUCAUCUUCAAGAACGAUUGCUCCAGCACAAUCAAGAAUAUUCGCCCAAUUCAUCCUGGCUGCAGCAUUGGUGGAAUACCUUGGGAUACUUGCAAGUUCGCGACCGAUCGCCUAUUAAUGUCUCGUACUUUUUUCAACUCAAGGAUGAUCCUACUUGUUUUGUGGGCGAUUCGGAUGUCCAGAUUAAACGCGGUGCCGCACUCUUGUGGCACACGGCCGAAUACCGCUACAAAGUGUGCAGUGGAACCAUGCCAGCCGAAACUGUGGGCAAGAAAAAAAUUCCCCUCUGCAGCACGGCAUUCAAGUACAUGUUCCAUGCCUGUCGUAUCCCACAAAAGGAUCAAGAUGCCUACAGGAUCUACGAUCCCAGUCGUCAUACUCAUGCCAUUGUGGCCUGCAAGGGACACUUUUUUGCCGUGGAUUUCUUGGACCAACAGGGAAACGUCAUUCCCGUGUCGGUCUUGGAACAACGUUUGCAGCAAUGCGUCGACAUGGCUCAUGCUCAGGUUCCACUGCUUGAGUUGGGAUGGAUGACGGCCGCCAAUCGUGAUGAAUGGGCACAAGGUCGCAAGGCAUUGUUGGAUGCCGGUGGUGUCGCCAUGGAAACCGCUCUGGAAAAACUAGAGUCGGGUGCCAUGGUCUUGAAUUUGGAUGUGGACGAGGCUCCAGUCUCGCGCGAUGAAGGUGCCUACCUGUGGUUGCAUGGAAUGAAUCCCUUGGAUGGUGACACCAAGCCCUGUAACCGUUGGUUUGACAAAUCCAUCCAACUCAUCGUCGCCAAGAAUGGAAAAACGGGAUUCUUGGGAGAGCACACCAUGAUGGACGGUAUGCCAUUGGUCGGAUUUGCCGAGCAUGUCGCCAAGCAUUCUCAUCAAGAAGCUGUUGAGGGAUCUGCCAUCUACAAUGGAAACGUCAGUAAUGGAGGAGUUGAAAAUAUUUUCCAGGCUGCCCUCCCUGAGGUGGCGGCAUCUCCUGCUGUCCAAAAGGCAUUUCAAGAAGCCAAGGAAGAAUAUACCAAGUUUGUUCAGGCUCACACAAUCGAGGUGCAGAGUUUCCAGGCGUAUGGAUCGGAUUUCAUCAAGAAGGCUGGAUUCUCGCCGGAUGCCUACGUUCAGAUAGCCAUGCAGCUUGCCACUUACCGUUUGUGGGGAAAACAGGCCGGAACCUACGAAGCCACCCAGACUCGUACGUUUUUGCACGGUCGUACCGAAACGACACGUACCGUAUCGACAGAGUCGGCUGCCUUUUGUGGACUGAUGGGACCUGCCCCUCAAUAUGAUGAACAUGUGGAGAGCAUUCGCAAGAAGAAACUGGAAACACUGCACGCUGCCGUCACGGCUCAUGUCAAGUACAUGGGCAAGGCCGCUUCUGGCCAGGGUGUGGAUCGUCAUUUCUUGGGACUUUCCAUGUGCGCCAAGGAGGGAGAAUCGAUUCCGGCGCUUUAUUCCGAUCCCGUGUUUGCUAGGAGCAAGCGGUGGCGUGUCAGCACCAGCAACUUGACGCAUCCCCUGUUCGAGAACUGGGGUUACGGAGAAGUCGUCCCCGAUGGAUUGGGCCUCAGCUACUCAGUGCAUCCCAGGUUCUGCAUGUUCAAUGUUACGUCUCUGAAGGAGCACGAAUGGAGCACCAAGGCUUGCCAGUUGCUCGAAGAAGCCUUGCUGGAAAUGAGGGCAUUGGUUGAGAUGGACCAACAGAUGAGCAAUCCCCCCAAGAGCAAGUUGUAG